CCACUUCCGGGCGUUCACCUGGGACGCGCUCACCUGGGACGCGCUCACCUGCCUCCGGGCGCUUGGGCACCAGAAUGAAGGACCGGCUGGAGCAGCUGAAGGCCAAGCAGCUGACACAGGAUGAUGACACUGACGAGGUCGAGAUCGCCAUCGACAACACAGCUUUCAUGGACGAGUUCUUCUCUGAGAUCGAGGAAACUCGGCUCAACAUUGACAAGAUCUCUGAGCAUGUGGAGGAGGCUAAGAAACUCUACAGUAUCAUUCUGUCUGCACCAAUUCCAGAGCCAAAAACCAAGGAUGACCUCGAGCAGCUCACGACUGAGAUCAAGAAAAGGGCCAACAACGUCCGGAACAAACUGAAGAGCAUGGAGAGGCACAUUGAGGAAGAUGAAGUGCGCUCGUCAGCAGACCUUCGGAUUCGAAAAUCCCAGCACUCGGUCCUCUCGCGGAAGUUCGUGGAGGUGAUGACCAAAUACAACGAGGCGCAGGUGGACUUCCGCGAACGCAGCAAAGGGCGGAUCCAGCGGCAGCUUGAGAUCACCGGCAAAAAGACAACAGAUGAGGAGCUGGAGGAGAUGCUGGAGAGUGGAAACCCUGCCAUCUUCACUUCCGGGAUCAUCGACUCUCAGAUUUCCAAGCAAGCCCUCAGCGAGAUCGAGGGGCGGCACAAGGACAUCGUGAGGCUGGAGAGCAGCAUCAAGGAGCUGCACGACAUGUUUAUGGACAUCGCCAUGCUGGUGGAGAACCAGGGUGAGAUGUUAGAUAACAUAGAGUUGAACGUCAUGCACACAGUGGACCACGUGGAGAAGGCACGGGACGAGACGAAAAGAGCCGUGAAAUACCAGGGUCAGGCCCGGAAGAAAUUGAUAAUUAUCAUUGUGGUAGUAGUUGUGUUGCUGGGCAUUUUAGCACUGGUUAUUGGACUUUCCGUUGGGCUGAAGUAAGGGCGGCCGGAGAGGCCGCUGCACUGAAACGUUUGUGGCUGAUUCUUGAUGUCGCUCUUCACCACCGUCCUGUGCACUGAUAAGCUCCUCCUCCCCUGCCUCCCUUAGAACCCGAUUUCACUCCAGCCUGCUGUGGUCCCUUGUCUUCAGAAGGGAAUGGAGUUCGAACGGCCCUCCCGAGAGAGAGCGGGAUCCGUUCCUUGGUUUCCUCGUAGCCAUCCUUGGACCUGACCCAGCAAACCGUCUAGCCCUGGAGGAAUCCAGUCUACCUGAUGCAGCCUUGAGUUUUCCUCAAAACCUCUGCUCCACCAGUUCUGAAGUACCUUUCCUCCUGAAGGGCUGAACCAACCCACCUCUCUCUCCCCUCCGAAGUGUCGAAUUUUGCCUUGUACCUAGGGAAGCCUAUAUGAGACCUUCCCAAGGUGCUGUAUUUUCUACCUCAUGGACUAUUCUUCUCCCAGAAAUUGCAAUGUAUUUUUUUAGGGGGUGUGUGUGGGGGGGAUUCUUUAACAAAACAAAGGGAUUCUUCCAAGUUUGGCAACAAGAAGGCUUAGAGCUGAGUCUUCUACUUGGCAGGGUCCCAAUCCUCACAGUUUGUUGUCCCCACGUCCUGAAAAUGAGGGAUUGGCAGAUGUCAUUUUGGUCUCGGAAAGCUGACUUGUUUGAAAUUCAGCCUUUAAUUAAGCUAAUAGUGCGUUCAGCUUGGUGGCCAACUUCGAUGUUUGUCUAUGUUGUGUUCUCCUGUGUUUACUCAAGGAUGCGCCAGCAUGAUACAGUCAUCUGAGGUUACUGUUUGUAAAGGCUGAGGGUAUGGGAUAUUUAUGUUCAUGGCUGAGUCUUGGAAACUGUUUGCUCAUUGUUAGAGUGACGUCUUACGAAGGCAUUGCUUGAGGCCCCAGAUAACCAGUCACUUAAAGCUGGGCCAGGGACAACCUAAGGUGCUUGAAUCUCAGGCUCUGGAAAUGUGUCCGACUGGUGCAAGCAUUCAGCCACUCAUUUCACGUGUCCCAGAUGAAUCUUUAUAAUCGUGUGUGAGAUGUAUGCACAUAUAUGCACGUGUCUCUCAUGAAGCAGGAUGCUAGAAGUGGAGGAUAUUCUAACCUCAAAAGAAUAACCUUGAGCUAGGCUAAAAAUUAGGUAAGAGACAUUUGCUUACUUACAAAUGAAUCCUAGUAGAAAUAUGGUCUUCCUAUGUCAUCGAGAAGCCUGCUGUUUCUAGAUGAGAACUGGAUUAAUCAUAGAUCUUUGGGGUGGGGGCUAAAUUGAUCUUCAUUAAGUUUUUUUUUUUAUGCUUAGCAGAGGUGUGACAAGUUUGACAACCCUUCCCCCCACCUGCUGCCUAGGCCAGGUUUGUCCAGAGAAUGUCCCCAGCAAUCUGAUAGUAGUCGUGUGACCUCUGAAAUGGCCUGUCUUCAAGGCUGAGUCAGUGGGGGGACACCAGGUUCCACUGAGUGGCUCUUCCUUCUACCAGGUUAAUGAGCUCGACAGAUUCUUUGUCUCGCCAGUUUUUGUCAUGGAGGAAGCAACAGCCAAUCAAUUUUCAAAUGUGGUGACUGUGCUGACCCAGUGGCGAGCCUCUUAGAUUCCCUGCCAGUCCCCGCCAGUCUGCCUGAUUAGUAUUUCAGCGUUGAUUUUUAUGCUUUCUAAGAUAGGGUGAGCACCCUGAUCCAGGCGCUGCCCGUCGGCGUCCUUUGCAAAGCUACUUCUCCCCAUCAUUGCCCAGCACUCAGACAGAGCCAAGGGGAAUCCCCUCAUACCCAUGGCUAUGAAGUUGACUGUGGACUGGCUCCAGCAGCAAGGCCAGACAAGCUCUGAUCAUAGGCUUUUGCUCUCCCAAGAUUGAGGUUUGGAAUACAAUAAGUGAAGGGUAUUUUUUUGUUGUUGUAUUUUUAGAAAUGUAAACUUGAUUAUUUUAUUGCUAUUUAAAAAUAAAUGACUUUAUAUCGAUUGUGAAACAGUUCUGGCUCGGUUUCCCUGCAGAACAUUGGAUGACUGGGUGCCACCGUGUGGUGGUUUUUGUUAAGGUUUUGGAAAGGGGUUAAAAUCUUUUUUAAACAUGUGCUCGAUCCGAUGGAUCAGAAGUUCUAAUUUUCGAAAAUGGUCUAACUCUCAAAGGAUACACUGUAGCUGUAUUUGAGUGAGUUUCAGAGCUGAGGUGCUGCCCCCAAAGGAAUUCGAUCCAGUCAUUGAGAAUACUAGCUCUAGGAGGAAAGGGGGUAAGUCUGUCAUAACUGUACCCGGCAGGCCGAAGGACAUGGCAAACAUCCUCCGAGAUAGCUGUCGGUCUAGCUUUGACUCUCCCGCCUAGAAGUGACAUUUCUCUUAACAUUCUGGGUUCCGGAAGCCAGAUCCAUCUCCACUUCCCUUCGUAUCCUCUUCCACGUCCAGACCCACGUUUGUGUGUCCUUUCCUUCGAACUCUGCACAGCGCUGCUGUUUCUCACGUGCUUUUUCUUUCCUUGUCGGGAUGAGCAGAAGAAGAUCAUGAUCAUGAUCUGCUGUGUUAUCCUUGCGAUCAUCUUAGCUUCUACCAUUGGGGGCAUAUUUGCCUGAAAAAG